CAAAAUGGCGACAUUCACAUGUAAACUCACGACAUUGACGGGUCUGUAUCGUCACAGGUACUUAAAACUAGACCUCUUUUUUAAGGCACAAAUAGCAAGUGCUAGCAAAGCUCUACAAACUCAGCCAGUACUGAUGUACAAGAGGACGCAGCCACUAUAUUUGCAAAGAUGGAAGCAGCUGAAGAGGAAGAAAAGAUCGAAGCACUUCGUGAUAUUUCAGGCUUGAGGCCGGUUUUAAAACGCCGAAUCCAUGGGCAGAUUCCAGAAAUUAGAAACGACUAUCAGCAGACUUUGAAGUACCAACGUAAACUUUAUGCAAAGUUUGGGAAGGCAUCAGGUGUUGACCCACGCAUCAUGUGGCUAACCAAAGAAGAAGCUAUUGAGCAGGUUGAGCUAAUAAAAGAAUGGGAGCCAUCACUUGAGAAGUUACUGGCAGAUCUGAAGGCUAAGAAAGAAGCAGAUGCCAAAUUUAUUGCAGACAGAGAGAAGAAAAUUGAGACAAACAUGGCCAAGAUGAACCAGUGGAUAGAUGAGUACAAGCAGAGGAAAAAGAAGAAAGAUGAAGAUAUUAAGGCUAAAGAAGCAAAGAAGCAGAAGCUGAUUGAGGAGGCCAGAGAGUUCUUUGGCUAUUAUGUAGACCCACGAGAUACCAAGUUCCAGGAAAUGGUAGAAGAGAAGGAGAGACAAGAGAAGGCAAAGGCCAAGGAGAUUAAGAAGGAGAAAAGAAAGGAGAAACUCACUGCCAGACUUCAGGCUAUGGCUAAAGAGUCGGAGAGCUCUUCUUGACUGUUUCCAGUAUUUCUCAUCUCGGAUAACUUGACGAAAGCAAUCUAAAACAUGUAAACAUGGCCACAGAAGUGUGAAUGUUUUGCUCUUUCAGCUAAAGCAUGUGACAUCUUCACAGCUAACUAUAACAUGAAUAAAUAAAGAGCUUUUGGCAUAGUUGUGUAGGUUAUGUGGGAAUAAAAUCUUUAAGAUAGAGAGACUAGAGAUAACGGAAUAAGUAUUAAACAAAUGUAAAACUUG